CCUUAAAGGCAUCGUGAAUUACUUCUUCCUGUAUUGCUGUGGGCAAAGAAAAGCCUCAUGAUCAGUCGUAUUUGUGUACAGUUGUCCGCGUUGAAACGCACUGCCACUUUAGGUAAGAAGUUUGUUGUUCACCUUGGGUGAGCUUUGUGGAGAAAAGUGUGUCCGUAGGUUACAUCGUUGACAGUUUGAACAAGAUGAAUGGCAACAUUCAGCAGCAGCAGCAGCCAAUUCAGACGUUCGCCUUUUUGUUUGUCAGCGUCACUUUGUCCAUUGUCGCCACCCUGUACAGUUUAAACUGGGAAGGUAAAGUGAAAGCAUAUAUGUUAUAUGUUCUCAUGUUGCAUGUGUUGUGUUAAAUUCACUAAAUUAGAAGAAAUGCUAAUAGCUUGACGCCCUACCCUACGUUGUUAGCUUGGUGACAGGGUGGGCUUUAGGACCCAGCAGACAUCAAGUUAAAGCCAUGGGGCGGGUGGAAGCAGGCCGUUCCCCUCCAGAGGACCGAUCAGAGGUCAGUUUUGGAAAUUGUACUAAAAUGGGGCUUUGCUUAGAAAGCUGGUCCUUUGUCAGUUUGUGGCAUUUUUGUGAGCGACUUAAAAAAAAAACUGAGGAUAAACAUGGCCAGGUUUAGCUAGGAUAGCGAGAUUCGACGUCCCAUAUUUGAACAAUAGACAACAUUUCCGGACAAUCGGUCGGUUAGGUACACCGACCUCUCCAGGGCGGGGGGUUUAAAAAAAAAAAUAAAAAAAAAAAGCAGACGAGGACCUCCAUCAUCACAAACAGCAGUUCGGCUAUGCUGCUCAACAACACGACGCGGGGCUUCCUGUGGUCGGACGCGGAGACGAGGACCUUGCUGAACAUCUGGGGGGAGCAGGACGUCCAGGAGGCGCUCGACGGAAACUUCCGCAACAGCUUCGUCUACCGCGACGUGUCCCGGAGGCUGGCGGCGAUGGGCUUCGAGCGGACGCCGGAGCAAUGCAGGGUGCGCAUUAAGAGCCUGAAGAGGCAGUACUUGCUGGCCAAGGAGGGCAACCUCCGCAACAACAGGCAGUACCACAGAAUAGCCAAGUUCUACGACACCAUGGAGAGGAUCCUCAGCAGCCGGCCCGCCUUAGUGGACCCCCAGGAGUUCAUAGACAGCGGGGCCGGCGGGGAGGAGGCCGUGGACGGCUUGGACGAGGAUGCGGAGGAUGCUCAGGAUGUGUACUCUGAGAGUACGGGAGACUGUCCCUUUCCUGCAGAGACUGAAGUCAAGCUGGAGUACCCCACGGUUCCCAUCCCCAUCCCGGUGAAAGUCACAGUGGGCAACAACAGUACCUUAGAAAGGCCGCACAACAGCAGCCAAUUGGCAAGUCACUGCCCCGCCUCCACUCCUAAGCAGCGAAAGCGGCGGCGUGCAAACUUCCCCGUGGAAAGGCUAAUGGAGCAGUUCCUAAAGCAGAGCGCCCAGGCCGAGGACAACUUCUACCGCAUGGAGGAGCGCCGCCUGCAGGCCGAGGACCAUCGGCGGGAGGCGGAGCACGCCAGGGAGCUGCACAUGCUCCAGAUGCUCGGCCAGAUGUUCUCCAACAUCUCGGCUCGACCCGGCUCUGUGGCGGCGACGGUGGCACCCACCCCGGCAAAGACCGCUCAAGCUCCAGUGUUCUCCCAACCAUCGCCGCUGUGUACACACCGCCAGUCCUCGCCACAGACAGACAGUUUGUCACAACAGGGUCACCUGCUGAGCUCGGACCCUCAGGCAUUAGUGUUUGAACGCCACCACAGCCUUGGCUCAUCGUCCCACAGUGUCAUGGAAGAGCACAUCCUGUCCAUGGUGAAAAAGAUAGUCCCGCCGCUGUCUGGCCACAAGCAUAAAGGACAAGACGGACGGAUCGGGAUCAUAGGCGGAUGUCAGGACUACACUGGAGCGCCGUACUUUGCAGCCAUCUCUGCACUCAAAGUGGGUGCUGACUUGUCUCACGUCUUCUGCACCAAAGAUGCUGCAGCUGUAAUAAAAUCAUACAGCCCUGAGCUCAUAGUGCAUCCUGUCCUGGACAGUCCCAACGCUGUGGAGGAGAUAGACAAAUGGCUCCCGAGACUGCACAGCCUGGUUGUGGGACCCGGUUUAGGGAGAGAAGACUUCCUGUUAAAAACCGCCAAGGAAGUGAUAGAGAAGUCUAAAGCUAGAGAUAUACCAAUUAUCAUCGACGCUGACGGCCUAUGGCUGGUCACAAAGCAGCCGUCCGUUAUUCAAGGCUACCAGAAAGGCAUCCUCACGCCCAACUUCAUGGAGUUCACACGACUCUACGAGACGCUGCAACAUAAGCCUGUGGACGGCGGCGAUCACCGUAGUAACGUCCUGCAGCUCAGCGAAGCCAUGGGAAACAUCACCGUGCUGCUCAAAGGAGAGCAGGAUCUCAUUGCGGACGGCAGCACUGUUGUUACGUGCAGCACAGAGGGUAGCGCGAGGCGAUGUGGAGGACAGGGGGAUCUUCUGUCUGGUUCUGCUGGUGUGCUGGCACACUGGGCCCACGCUGCCUCUCAAGCAGGACUCAUUACAGGUGUGAACCCGUCAGUGGUUGCAGCAAUGGGGGCGUCCUCACUCACCAGACAGUGCAACAGACAAGCGUUCCAGCGACACGGCAGGUCCACAACCACCUCGGACAUGAUCCAGGAGAUUGGGCCAGUCUUCAAAAAUCUAUUUGAAAGAUGAGAGCCAACAUAUUACGAAUCACCCAUGCUCCACUUUUGCAUUCUUUACCCAACACAAUUUGUUACUUUAGUCAAGUACUACACGGGACAAAAGGGCUUAAGUGGGGUUGGGGGGGAAUGGUAUGGACUACACACUACAUUCUUCCUUAGUGAAAACAUUACGGUCUCACUGUACUGUCAUUUUUUUACCUCAAUGGAAAUAAAAACGUAUU